AUGAUGAACGAAAGUUCAGUCCGUGUUCAGCCAAAACGAUGGAAAAGGUCUCGUGGACUGCGUCGACAAGAACGUCUUAUUGAAGCGAAAUGGCUGCAGUACGACGCGAUUCAUCCGUCCUCUUCUGGUCAGAUCGACUUUGGAAUCUUUUUUUUAUGCGCUUUCACACGAAAGGCAGGUCUCGCAAAUAAUGUUGUCUCACGAGAUUCAUCGAACUCCAUUUACACUCCGAAACUGUACUCACCUGAUGUUACAUAUCCAUUGCCUCAGACUUUCGUUUAA